AAGGUAUGCAUUUGUUUUGUCUGUCUUGGCGAUCCUGAUUCCCCCCAAAUAUUAAACCUUGGGGAAGAAGGAAUAGUGUCGCACAACUACGUCAGACUCUGGAUUGUACUUUUCUGGCGCCGUGUGAGUAGCUGUGACUAAAAAAAAAAAAAAAAAAAAAAAAAAAAAAAAAAAAAAAAAAAAAUUAGCUUUCAAAUGCGAUUAAUUGUUUAAUAAUGACGGACACCCACAGGCAGCUCUAACUGUACGUAACGAUGAGGAUUCCGCCGCCGGUGUGGGCUUUGAGUUCUUGCCAGACUGGGUGAAGUAAGAGCCGAGAGAAACCUGCUGAGAAUUACGCCACCUGGGACUGCUGAAGAGGACCUCUUUGCAGGUUCACACAUCCAUCAGCAGGGUGAGGCUUCCUGACCCAUGGAGAAUUACUUCCAAGCCGAGGCCUUCAACCUCGACAAAGUGCUGGAUGAGUUUGAGCAGAAUGAAGAUGAGACAGAUACUCCCAUUCUCUCAGAUGCUAAGUGGACUCAGAUCUUGGCCCCACCAACUCACCUGCUGUCACUGAAUCCCGCCCUGGCACACUCAGACUUGAGCCCCCAGGAGAGUCCGCUGCCCUUCAAAACCCUCCCCGACUCCUCCUCCAGUGUCUCCCUAGGGACUGACCCUAAAAGACAUGCUGGCCCUGAACCUCCGUCCUGGGUGGAAGAGAGGCCUGCAGAUGUCCACAGCCCACCCCUCCCCCAGCCCAACAUUGGCAAACUGGUGGGCACGGAUGAUCUUUCACCACCUUCUGUGACACCCUGUAGAACAGUGAAAAAUGGCUGCUCCUCUGACCCUGCUAGCCCACAACCUGAUGGACUCUGCAAGGACACCAGUUCUAAUCCAGAAAAGCAGCAGCAGGCUAACUCCCAUGAGGAGCAAAGAACCAUUUCAGCAGAGGUAACGGACUCUGUCAGUCAUACCCACUUUACCUUUGAACUAGGAUUUGGAAAUGAAGAAGCUCCAGCUGAGAAAAUUCUUCCAAAUUUGGAACCAGCAACACAGGACAGGAACAGUGUUACUGCAGAGUCUGUUACAGCCACUUUACAGGAUUUUGAUCAAGAAAGACUAGCUGGAAACUUCAAAGGUGAGCAAGAAGAAAAUCUGAAUGAUGGAAGGAGCAUUCAGGCAGGUUUUGAGGCAAAGGAGAAUGGAAUAUCUCCUGAUGCAGAGACAGUGGUGGAGAGGAAUAACCCAGGAGGACAGAUAGACCAGCUCUGCAGGUCAGUGGUGGAGAGGAGUGACCCAGGAGGACAGAUAGACCAGCUCUGCAGGUCAGUGGUGGAGAGGAGUGACCCAGGAGGACAGAUAGACCAGCUCUGCAGGUCUAUGGUGGAGAGGAAUAACCCAGGAGGACAGAUAGACCAAGUCUGCAGGUCAACAGGACUUUCUGAUAGUUUAGAGCAGGAGCGCAGCAGCCUUUCUAAACUUAAAGAGAGUGAGGAGAUAAAGAAGGAUGAGGAGCAGGUCAUUUCUCCCAGUUGCAUUCCCUCCAAGGAAGACUCUGUUACUGAAGAGAAAGAAAUGGAAGAGAGCAAACAGGAAAGCAGCGACGGGACAGCGGGAUCAAGUAGCAUUCAACCAAAACUAAAUAAUAAUCGCCUGCAGCCAGUCAGCGUGCCCUUUGGUGGGGCACGACCAAAGCAACUGGUCAACCUCAAGCUCCAGAUCCCACAGCCACUUUCUGACCAGGUACAAAAUCAUCUUGGCCCGUCCACCGUUAGCAAGAACAAAAACCUUGAGAACCAGAGUCGGAGAAGCACUACAUUUGAAAUAUCACACAGUGGGGCUGAUCAGACGGUGAUUCGGGUCAACGGGGAAAGUGUUGUGCACUCUCCUUCCUUGAACCCCACAGAGAGCCCAGAUAAUGAUGUCCAGGCAGGCCAGCAGGGCGCUUUAUGCAGGAAACCUUCCAGUUCUCUGGGAGAGGUUGCCCCUGUGUGGGUUCCUGACUCCCAGGCUCCCAUUUGUAUGAAAUGUGAAGCCAAGUUCACCUUCACCAAGAGGAGGCACCACUGUCGGGCCUGCGGCAAGGUUUUUUGUGCGACGUGCUGCAGUCUCAAGUGCAGGCUCGCAUACAUGGACAGGAAGGAGGCCCGUGUGUGUGUCACCUGUCAUUCUGCUCUAACAUCAGCUCAAUCGUGGGAGGCCCCAGUGACUGGAAGUAACCAGAGUCCGAACCCCAACAACCCAGCAGAGUAUUGCUCCACCAUCCCGCCGCUGCAGCAGGCACAGGCCUCUGGGGUGCUCAGUUCCCCACCUCCCACUGUCAUGGUGCCUGUUGGAGUCCUUAAGCCGUCUAACUCUGAGGGGUCCCUAACAAGAGAGCAGAGGAGGGUGUGGUUUGCCGAUGGGAUCCUACCGAAUGGAGACGCAACAGAAACACCAAAACCUCCGACCUCUGGACCUGCUCCCUCUCAGUCUUUGGCUAUAUCCACAUAUUCAAACAAAUCUUCUACUUCUGAAACUUUGGAGGCAGCACACACUCCUGUUGCCCCGGUGGGCAGCCCUGUGGGUAGCUCCCUCAGUCUCAUUCCGGAGGAUGGGCUUCCUCCCAUCCUCAUCUCCACUGGAGUCAAAGGAGGUACGGGAGGCCACAUCACAGACUAUGCUGUGGAAGAGAGGCCGUCUGAGGUUGUUCUCAUACAGCAGUUGGAAGAGGGAGGUCCAGAUCCUCUGGUGUUUGUGCUCAAUGCUAACCUGCUCGCUAUGGUCAAGUUGGUCAACUAUGUCAACAGGAAAUGUUGGUGUGUGACAACUAAGGGCAUGCACGCUGUUGGCCAGGCGGAGGUGGUCAUUCUGCUCCAGUGUCUGCCUGAUGAGAAAACCAUCCCUAAGGACAUCUUCACCCACUUUGUGCAGCUUUACCAAGAAGCCCUCAGUGGCAGUGUGUUGAGCCACCUGAGCCACUCCUUCUUCACACAGAGCUUCCUGGGCGGUAAGGAGCAUGGCGGCUUCCUGUACAUCAGCCCCUCCUUUCAGUCCCUACAGGAUCUGCUGCUGCCAAAUCCACCCUACCUGUUUGGGAUCCUGAUCCAAAAGUGGGAAACUCCAUGGGCCAAGGUCUUCCCCAUCCGCCUCAUGCUCCGGCUGGGGGCAGAGUACCGAUUUUAUCCGUGCCCGCUGUUCAGUGUGCGUUUCAGAAAACCCCUCUUCGGAGAGACUGGUCACACUAUCAUGAAUCUGCUUGCAGAUUUCCGUAACUACCAGUACAGUCUGCCAGUGGUUAAAGGUUUGGUUGUAGACAUGGAGGUGAGGAAGACCACCAUCAAGAUCCCCAGUAAUCGCUACAACGAGCUGAUGAAGGCCAUGAACAAAUCCAAUGAACAUGUGCUGGCCAUGGGGGCGUGUUUCAACGACCGGGCCGACUCUCACCUGGUGUGUGUUCAAAAUGAUGACGGGAACUACCAGACGCAGGCCAUCAGCAUCCAUCAGCAGCCACGCAAAGUUACCGGCGCAUGCUUCUUUGUGUUCAGCGGUGCUUUGAAAGUCUCAUCAGGCUACUUAGCAAAGACCAGCAUCGUGGAAGAUGGUGUAAUGGUGCAGAUCACAGCUGAGACGAUGGAUUCACUACGGCAAGCCUUGAGGGACAUGAAAGACUUCACCAUCACCUGUGGGAAAGCCGACCAAGAAGAGAACCAGGAGCUUGUCCAUGUGCAGUGGACGGAGGACGACCACAACUUCAACAAGGGUGUAAUCAGUCCAAUCGAUGGAAAGUCUAUGGAGUCUAUCACCAGCGUCAAGAUCUUCCACGGCUCAGAAUUCAAAGCAAAUGGCAAAGUCAUCCGUUGGACAGAGGUGUUCUUCCUCCAGAGUGAAGACCAGCCCAAUGGUCUGGGCGACCCGGCUGACCACAGCCGGCUCACAGAGAAUGUGGCGCGAGCUUUCUGUAUGGCGUUGUGCCCACACCUCAAACUGCUGAAGGAGGACGGCAUGGCUAAGCUAGGGCUGCGGGUCACUUUGGACUCUGAUCAGGUGGGCUACCUGGCAGGAAGUAACGGCCAGCCGCUGCUGCCUCAGUACCUGAGUGAUCUGGACAGUGCGCUGAUCCCAGUCAUCCACGGAGGGGCGUGCCAGCUGAGCGAGGGCCCGGUUGUCAUGGAACUAAUUUUCUACAUCUUGGAGAUUAUCUCGUAGACAGACACUAAGAGGCGGGAUGCCCCCUCCACUCUCGGGUUCAAGUUGACCUCUGCAAAGAUCAUAACGCUGCUCUCCUACAGCGCUUGGGUGUGGCUUUGUUACAUUUCUGGACCUGGAUAUUUUUCUCUCUCUCUCUCUCCUGGAUUUGCUGCAUGAAAGUGAAGGAUCCUGGGUAGUGAUCCUCAGCGUGAUUGACACAGACUGACUGACUCAGGUCUGACAUCAUUGCGUCUUUUUUUGUGUGUGUGUGUACCUACUCUGUCCAAACUCCACCCCUCCAUCACUGUGGCAACCAGGUGAACUGAAGCGCAGGCUUCUGGG